AGGUUUAUUCAGCAGAUGAUGCCGUUGCGCGCUUCAUGCAGUCGGAGUCCCGUCUCUGCGUCUCUCUGGAGUGCAUGCACCGGAAGUUUCAGCUGCGUAUUUGUGCAAAGUUUGAACAAACAAACAAACAUGUUUUUAAAAGCAAAACAUAAGCACCAAAUAGAAGGAUAGGAGAAGUUACUGUGAAGACACUGUUUGCUGUAUAAGAAUAACCUCUAUGUGCCUUCACCUCCAAGUGGAUCCCAAGGAGUGUCUGGCUUUUCAUGGAACAUUGCUUGGAUGUGUCAACAGUCAGGAGGUAACAGCCAUGGAUGUUGCUUCCAUCCCUCCACCUCUGAUUCCCCCUCCACCUCCUCCUCCUCCUCCUCCACCUCCACCUCCACCACCUCCUGCUCAGGUCAGCCGGCGUGGCUCUGUGCAAAAGCAGCGGCUUCGCAACCUCAACUGGGAGCGCAUUCCUAAGGAGCGGGUGGAAGGUCGUCAGAGUGUGUGGAGUGGCGCACUGACCGACAGCGAAGACGAUGACUUCCCCAUCGACCUACGCUCCCUGGAUGAGCUGUUUGGUCAGAAGGAGGCACGUAAAACGGAGAAAAGCGACAGUUUGGGAAACAACCUGCACCGCUGCAGGUCCCCACAGAAAACAUGCAGCGAGAAGGUUUCUCUGCUCGACCCAAAGCGCAGCAUGAACGUUGGGAUCUUCCUCCGCCAGUUCAAAACCACACCAACGGAGAUUGUGGAGGACGUGAGGCAGGGGGCCGGGGAGCGUUACGGUGCAGAGAAACUGGCCGAGUUCUGCAAACUCCUGCCUGAUGCCGAGGAGGAAGCGCGGUUGAAAAGGUUUAGCAGUGACCGUAGUUUGCUAAGAGAGCCAGACCUCUUCAUACUCUUACUGAUAGAAGUGCGAAAUGUUCGCCUGCGUCUGGAUGCCAUGAUCCUGCAGCAGGAGUUCGACCCCGCUGUGACCUCUCUGUGUGUGGCGGCCAGAUGUCUGGGGGAGGCAGCUCGAGAGCUGCUGAGUUGCCACAAGCUUCACUCCAUCUUGCGUCUGGUGCUGAAGGCAGGGAACUACAUGAAUGCUGGAGGUUACGCAGGGAACGCGGCCGGUUUUAGGAUCGCCUCGCUGCUCAAAUUGGCCGACACCAAAGCCAACAAACCAGGCGUGGACCUCCUACAUUUUGUCGCCAUGGAGGCUGUGAAGAAAGACGAGGAUCUGCUGACGUUUCCCAGCCAGCUGAGUCAUGUCGGUACAGCAUCAAGGCUGUCGGAGGAGUCCGUGCUGGAGGAUCUGUCCCGCUUACACAGUAGAAUAGAGACGCUGCAAAUCAGUGUGCAGACCGAUUCGGAGAUUGAACAGCAGAUGAGACCGUUCCUCAAGACUGCAAAAGUGAGGCUGAUGGAAGCUGAGGAAGAGGUGGAAAGCUUGCGGAAGACUAGCCAGGCCUUGGUUGAAUUCUUCUGUGAAGAUGAAAGCUCCUUCAAGCUGGAGGAGGCCUGUCGCAUCUUUCACUGCUUCUGCCAUCGCUUCCAAAAAGCUGUGCGGGAGAAUGCUGAGCGUGAGCUGCAGGAGCAGAGGCGUGCAGAGCGGCAGCGGGAGAACCUAGAGAAACGGCGCUCGCUGGCAGUCUGUAGCGGCUCCGAGCUCGACGACCUGGAGCGCACGCUUGAGAGAAACCUGAGCUACACCUGGAGCCGCCGCAGCCUCCGCAGACAACGCUUUACCAGCUUUCACGAGAAGAGCUCGGACGCCAGUUCUUUUCAGAACAAAGCUCUCCAACAGCCCCUCAAAUCGGAGGACAACAGUAGAAAUUCUCCGCUUAGGAGACAUUCGCUGAAGGAAUGUCUUAAUACCACAAGUGAUUUGAAUGGAAUAAAUAUAGAGGAAUGUUUGUUGCAAACAGACGUUGACGGAAAUACGGCAGCUAUGCCACACGCUACUGUUAGAAUACAACGAGAGAGGGAGAUGAACACGUCACCAGUCAUGGGUCUCACCUCUAACAAGGUAAUGAAAGUUGAAACACAGGGUAACAAAGGUUCUGAAAGGCAAACGCAGGUAAAGACGGACACGGUUGCAGAAACAAACUGUAUUAAAGCUAACACCCAGGAAUUGCUAUCUGACCGAGUGGCCAUUCAGGACAAUGCAAAGAUCUCACAGGGAUCCUGUCAUCUAGAAAUCUCACCUCAGCAGGCGCAGGAAGAUGGGCCAAUCAGCCCAGAGAGAGAGCGAAUGUACCCACGGGUAGGUGAGACCUUGGAAUGCCACACUCUAGUGAAGGGUCUGCGCUCCUAUGAAGCUCUUUCACCGACUGGACACCGGGCAGCACCAAGCCACUGCUCGAAAUGGAAAAAAGAACUGGAGGCUGAAGAGAGAGAUGGUGCAAGCUUCCCCCAAUCUAAGGAUGACCUGCGUGCUUCCAAAACACCAAACAAAAGUCCCUCCAAAAGGGGACUGGGAUCACAAUCCGGGCCUUGUAACAGCUCAGGCAUUCCAAAAGCACGUCCCAAGCCAGAGCCAGGUUCGGCCGAGGGACCUGCAACACCUCGCGGAUCACGUUUAACCCCUUUGCGUUCUGUCUCGAUGCGCUCGUCACCAGUCAUUCGGCCCAGAAACAUCCAGGUUGAGUUGAAGCGUAGCAUCAGCGCGAGGGAUAAAACAAGCACCCAGUCUGACGCAUUGGUGAAGCAGAACUGCCAACCUGCUGAAAAACCCAGCCCAGAGAACAAGAAGACACUUCCCAGCAGUCACCAGCAGUUGGUUAGGGGUUCACCCUUGCGCGUUUCAAAGCGGUUUGCGCCCCAUUCGGAAUCCCAGAGCCCAUGUCAGACUCGCACCAUCCAUAGUCCAAGUCCAGCUACUAACACAAAGGCCAUCCGGACUGCAGUCAUCAAUGCAGCCAAAGCCAAAUCGGCCAAGAAUGCAGACACAGCGUCGUCUAAGACAACACCAGGCACAAGGACUGCUGGCCCCAAAAUCCCACGAGCUGCCACUCAGCCCAUGUGGAGAUGAUGUUUGACCUCCUAAUAUUUUCAGUUAGUACUGACUAAUGGACUUCUGGAGAUAUCUUUGCCAUUAAGGUGACUUUAAGCUGAUUGUUUAUGCAGGUAUUUGUACUAAAAUCAAGAGGGAUUGAAUGAACCUGUGUUCUUGGUUGGACUGAAGUGACUCCAAUGCCCCCCCCCCCCCCCCCCCCCCCCAAAUCCAUCAAUUCAGUCCUGUCCCCUAGCUCUGUCUAUCCAAAAUGCCAUUCAAUAAAGGAGCCAUUCAUUCUGUUUGCUCGGUAGGGCCUGAGACCAGGGCAUGGAAAAGGAUCCUUAGGAGGAUAGUCACUCCUCUCAGAGUCUUCCACUGAAUCAGGUGUCCCUAUGUGAUUUGUCCUCACUUUUCAGCAGGGUGACUGUUAAUGAUUGAGAAACAAUCCACAGAGCUGGACGCAGAACUGCCUUCAGCUUUGCUCACUACCUCUGAACACUAUCAUGCUCUGCGGGUUACAGAGUGCCUCUGGAGAGAAAUCAAAAAGGAGUUACAGCUAGUUAUAAGGGCUAUUAUUUUGGACCAGAACAUAUGUGGUGUUCUUAGCUUUGAAUGUCUUAAUGUCUUUGCUUUAGGUUUCAGUGUAUCACGUGGCAUUAAGUGUAAAUGCCGAACAGGUAGAAUGAGACACGGCGCUAUGGUGUAAGGCCCUAAAUCUGAUAAGAAAUAGUUUUGUCUUUUUUUUGUGUGUUUUUUUUUUUUUUUUUUUUAAAUACUAGUCUACCUAAAUAGAUAGAUUCCACAUUCUGCCCAACGGUCCUUAGACCAGGUCAGAGCAACUUUAGUUCAAAUUAGGUACAGAGUCAUUCAUUGUAAGAUGAAUCUUUUGUAGCCUAUGUGAAGGUAUAUGUGGAGGUCUUAAUUCAGUCCCAAAGCUACAUGCGAGAUAAUGCCUUGUAUGAUUUACUCCCUCUGUUGGACAGAGGUGUGUGAAAUGCUAUCUAUUUGGAAUGGGUCGUGCCCUUAUUAUUAUUAUUAUUAUUAUUAUUAUUAUUAUUAUUAUAUAAAUUUUUUUGUAUUAUUUUGACUUCCUCAACCUGAUGCACUUUAAGAGGCCUGAGAGAUUAAUAAUGAAGUUUGCAUUUUCGUGUUGAAGCAUUUGAAAAUAUCUAUUGUAAUAUUUGUAUUUGUAAAUGUAAAAAAUAUUAAAUAAAGUUGAAAAUAACCGUUU